GAAAAAUUUCUAGAAGAACUUUUCAGCAGAAAAAAAAAUGAAUCGAACAAAAAUCAGAAAUGUUCGAUUUUUUGUUUUUUCGAGAAUAUUCGUCAUUCCAUAUGGAAAAAUUUCAAUUUCAAAUUCAAAUAUAACUUUUAAAUUAAUAAAAAAAAUAUGCUUGAACUAUAAACUAUUCGAAACUCCCUACACAAUUUUUCCAAAAUUAAAGUGUUACAUCAAAAAAAAAGUCGCGACAAUUUCAAGUGCUUAGUAUCAAUUUACAUGGGUUUGUCGAGCAAGGUGUGACCGGAAAAAAAGCGUCAUAAAACCCAUUCGCUUCCUGAUUUUUUCCCAUCGCUUCAAAUUUCUUUUGUUUUUGCUGCUCUAUUGCUCUUUUGCAUAGCGGGGCUCUUCAAGCAUGCUCACCAUUCAAACAGAAACUUGGAAUCCGAUGAUUCUUUUACAAUCGAGAUCAUAUUGUAUUUGCACAGCGCCCUUCCUAACCAUAUUAGAGGCUACCCGUGUUUGUUGUGCAUGCUCAACCGGGUGCCCGAGAGAAGGACGCCUGUUCUCAUUGCCUGUUUGUUUUUACUUGAAUCGUUCUCUACUGAAUAAGUAGAAGAAUGGAGGGGAAAAUGAGGUAUUCAAUUACCAUACUUCCAUCGAAUAAGGAGAGCUCUGCCCACUUUUGCAUGUGCCGCCUGUUUUCCGUCAAAUUCUUUAGUGAUCGGUUAAGCCCCCCUCAUUGCGUAAUUCAAUUGACAGUGCUAUUGUGCAAUGAUCUCAUUCAGAGCAACUACGCUUCAUCUAUUGACGACCCUUUACCUUGUUGACUGUGCUCCCAUUCUGCCAAAUGUUCAAACGGGAUAUGUACCAAUAUUUGGCAAUCGAGUAACCCUUGAACCAAUAACCUUCACUUUUACCACACCACCUCCAAAAACCAAAAGUCAAUGGAAAAGCUUCCCCACUUUGAGACCAUUCCCAUCCUCAGCAGAGUUUUUGAACUCUCUCCCAGGACCUGAAAUUCAAAAUAAUGUACCUCACAGUAAUCAUAUUAAAGAAUGGAAAUAUGAAGUUCAAAUGCCAACCCAUGCUCGUCCUUUUGCAGCAACAACUCCAGAAUACAGCCAAGCAUUGAUUUAUAAAGCAAUGCAAAAUUCUUUGAAGCAAGACGUUUACUCAACUUAUCGAACAAUGUGGAAGCAAAUGAUGGACACCUGGUUGAGGCUUCGAAGUCAUCUUCUUUCCGAUGGCGUUGAGCAGGAUUGGCACAUGUUCUGGAGAAAGUUCACGGGUACUGUAGAGCCGUAUAUGACAACUAUUAGCACUCAAAUUGGCAAAUUUCUUAACGUUUUUCUUCGGCAUCAACACGAAAAAGAAGUAGAAGAAUCCACUUCAUGGGGAGGAUAAAUAGAAUUACACGUGAUUCAUUCUCUUUUAUCAAAAUUGCUGACGUGUAUUUAUUCAUGAUUUGGAAUAAACUAUUUAUUACUAUU